AUGAAUGAUGAAGACACGUUCGAAUUUAUUCCACUUAUCAAAUGCAUUGCACCGACAGAUGAACAACGCAAUGAUCCUGAAUAUAUUCCACAAUUGGAAACGGAUUCAAAUGCCAAGAAUAUUCUAGCCGAACGAUUUGCAUCACCGAUAUCAAUCUUCGUUUACAUGGGGAAUUUAGGUGCUGGCAAAAGCAAAUUAGCUUCAUUAACUGCAGCUAGCUUAAUAACUAGCAUCACUGAUCAAAAAUUACAACCAUUCAAAGGUGGUGAUGAUCCGAAAGGUAUCACGCAUGGUGUCUGGAUGUGCGCUCGUCCUUUGAAAAAUCCAAACAAAAAACGAGGCUCAAUUUUAUGGGUGGUAAUGAUGUGA